AUGAUCAUCACCGAAUUCAUGGAAAACCAUUCCUUGGAUUUAUUCCUCAGGAUGAAGAAGGGGCACCUUGUGGUGACCCAGCUGCUCGGGAUGCUGCGUGACGUCGCAUCGGGCAUGGAGUACCUGUCCCGCAGGGGCUAUGUGCACCGCGACCUGGCCGCCCGCAACGUGCUCGUGAGUGGCGAGCUGACGUGCAAGGUGUCCGACUUUGGCCUCUCGCGGACGCUUCUACUGGACGCCGACCCCGAGGGAGCGUACACCUCCCGGGGGGGGAAGAUCCCGAUCCGCUAGACCGCCCCGGAGGCCAUCGCACAGCUCAGGUUCACGUCGGCGAGCGACGUGUGGAGCUACGGCAUCGUCGUGUGGGAGGUGACGUCGUACGGCGAACGGCCGUACUGGGACAUGAGCAACCGGG